AUGAGCUACUGCCAACAACAAAGUUCUGCUGGUAUUGCCGCUCCUGCUAAGCGUACAAGCUUGUCACAGUAUUGGAGUCAUGGUUCCAGCAUGAUAUCCUCCAUUACGCUCGAUGAUUGUCUGUUCACUUCCGACGAACGACCACCACAAAAUCGAGGACCCAAUCCGAAACUACGAUCCCUAAUGGAAAAUAAGUGGGCCGCUAUGCCCAGCAUAAAAGAUACACUCCGCCUUCCUCGUCGCAACUUGAAUCGCUUCUCCAAUAUGUUGGAAGAAACAGAAACUGCAAUGUGCCCCCCGCCGCAAAGGCAAACUUCAGCGGACACUUAUUUGUCCUCUAGCAGCUUGAACUAUCGAGCAUCAAUGACGGAUUCUUCUGGAUCAUCCAAGCAUUUUGGUGGUCAAUCCAGUAGCUUCUUGAAAGAGGAAUCUCUAUGUGACGAAGACCUUAAGGAGGAUGAGAGAGAAGAAGAUGACACUAGCUCAGAAAGUUUUGUUGAACCUUUGGAAUAG